CUGGGUAAAAACUUCAUUUCCGGGUUCAUUAUUUUUCGCGGGAGAUUGAAUGUUUACAAUUAUGAAUUCAACACCAGUGGUAUUUGCUAACACAAGGAACGCACUGAUAUUGUUAGGAGAAAAAUUUAAGUGCCAAAAAUGUGGGCUUUUUGCUAGCAGUCCAGUUACUCUUGGUGGCUGUGAACAUAUUUUCUGCAAGUAAGUCCAGACUUUGAAUAUUAAGAUCCAGUGUAUGUUGUGAAGAGUAUCUUGGAUCAGCCUGCCCUGUGUGCAGUUUACCAGCUGAUGUUAAAGAUGCUGAUGUUGACAGACAGCUAUUUAACCUGGCAUCACUAUGUACUAGACUCAAACAGGAACUCGCUGUAGAUGAAAAAGCAUUAGAUAAUUUCAAAGAAAAUGAAGACCCUCAAAUACAGAGUACUCCAAAUCAGCCAAUACGUGGUGCAUCAAUGUAUGAAACAACCACGCCAAGCAAUGACCAUGUGACGAAUGCUACAAGAAAAUCCGAAGCAAAUCAGAAAACAGAAAAUAAUGAAGUUACCUCCCUUGCACUAGAUAGUAAAACAAGCAGACGAAAAAGGAAAACAAAGGUCAAUGGAAAUACCAAAACUAGCACAGAGUGCUUGCAACAGGAAACAAAACCUUCUGUGAAAAAAAGUAAGCAAAAAUCUGUGUCGUCAGAUGCUUCGGAAAAUGAGAAUGUUCCCAGUAAGAGAAGAAAGAGUGUACCAAUAGAUCAGACUACAAUGACUCAAUUUUAUGAUUAUGAUGAAGAUUCUGACAAUGUUAAUGAAGAGAUAAAGAUAAAAGAAAAUGGAAGCAAAGGUUUAAGAACACUUAAAACCAAUAAAAAACCUGUUACGUUACCAAAAACUCGACUAAGACAUAGUUUAGAUAGUAACAUUGGUAAAGAUUUAAAAUCGGAUACAAAGUCUCCAUCUACAAAGAGUAAAUCUGUUCAAAGGAAGAAAGGAAAGAAAACUGAUAAAAAUGAGAGUAUAUUGGAUGUGUCACUAAGUGAUACAGGGAGCAUCGGUCAAAGAACACCUGUGUCUGAGAGGUCAAAGUUCACAAGAAUUUCUACAGAGGCAAGUGGCAGCCCAAAGCUCAAAGCAAGUACACCAAAAGGAAGAAGGAAUUUAAAACCACAAACAGCACAGUCACCUGCCUUGAAUAAGAGAAAUGCCAAAGGUGAAACUCCUUUACAGGUUGCUGCUAUCAAGAAUGACAAAGAUAAAGUGAAACAACUUCUUGGAGAUGGUGCCAAUCCUAAUGUACGAGAUAAUGCUGGCUGGACACCACUACAUGAAGCAUGUAAUCAUGGUUAUGUAGAGAUCGCUAAGUUACUACUGGAUCAUGGUGCAAUGAUUAACAUACCUGGACUAGAGAAUGACACACCCCUUCAUGAUGCCAUUAAUAAUGGCCGUGUAGAUUGUGUGAAACUGCUGGUCUCUCGAGGUGCAUCUCUCAUUCUGAGGAACAUGCAUGGACAAACACCUAAAGACCUUGCUGUAACAAAUGCCAUGAAAAAAGCCCUUGACACACCAGUUAUAUCUUCCAAUGAGACCAUAACUAGCCAGGUAGUAGAUGUAAUGGAGUAUCAGACACCAUGUUUGACGGGGACAGGUCUGUCUAGAGAGGAGAAAGUUAUUCUACAGAAGGCAGCGUCUCAGUUACAAGUUAAACUGAUAGAUGAAGUCACACCAGAAGUAACCCAUAUUGUAACAAUGUUUAACAAUGAAGGAAUGUGUCCUAGAACUAUUAAGAUUGUACAGGGCAUUCUCCUUGGAAAAUGGAUCCUUAAUAUGGAAUGGCUGGAGACUUGUACCCAGGUUGGAAGUUUGGUAUGUGAGGAGGCAUUUGAAGCACAGGGAACCAGUUUAUUUCCACAUGCUCAUGCUCCAUAUAAAGGAAGAAUGAAUAGAAAGCAACAGCUACCAGGGCUGUUUGAUGGUUGCCACUUUUAUUUUCAUGGAAGUUUUGAGUAUGCCAACCCAACAAAGGAGGAUUUUAUGAACAUGGUGACAAUUGGGGGAGGUAAACUGUUGACUCGAGAACCUAAACCAGGUCACCUUGACAUUACUCUGACAGUACCGUAUCAUGCUGAUGCCGUUAGUGAACUUGCGACAUGCUGUGUUUAUUUAGUUCAUGAACCUAAUGUAAACUAUCCACCAAUCAGAACUAAGCACAUGUGUUCAGUUCCAACUUCCUGGAUUAUGGACUGUGUUGCCAAUUUUAGUUUAAUGGAAUUACCAACUGUUACAUAAUGAAUAAAUGCAUGAAUGUUUGUCCCUUUUUGUAACUAUGAAAUAAAAUUGUAACUAUGAAAUAAAAUU